CCUGCAUAAUCUGUCUCUUCUCCUCUCUCCUCUAUAAAGCCGACUGGCUCCACAGUGGACGCCAUGUAAAGACAGGACUCAGUAAUAUGGGCCCUGCAGAGCCCACGCUCACAUCCGGCGCCCACAGGACGAGGAAACACUCCAACAUUGCAGCUGAGCCUGAGUUGCCAGCUGAAGAUGGCUGUGUGCAGGACCUGCCUGCUGAGGGAGUCGAGGGUAUCGAGCAGCUCCCUGGAGCGGAUGCUCAAACACCAGGCUUUGAAAUGAUCUACAGAAUUGAGGAUGUACCCCCUUGGUAUUUGUGUGUUUUGCUUGGAUUACAGCACUACCUGACAUGUUUUAGUGGCACCAUCGCUGUGCCCUUCCUACUCGCCGAUGCCAUGUGUGUGGGCAGGGAUCAGUACACCGUAAGCCAGCUAGUCGGCACGAUUUUCACCUGCGUGGGCAUUACUACUCUUAUACAAACCACUUUUGGCGUCAGGUUACCCCUGUUUCAGGCCAGUGCGUUUGCUUUCCUCAUCCCUGCCCAGGCCAUUCUAAGACUGGACAGGUGGAAGUGUCCUCCUGAAGAGGAGAUUUAUGGAAACUGGACCCUACCCCUGAAUACCACACAUAUCUGGCAUCCACGGAUAAGAGAGAUCCAGGGCGCCAUUAUUGUGUCUAGUCUGGUGGAGGUGGUAAUCGGGCUGGUGGGAAUUCCUGGACUCCUGCUCAACGCCAUCGGGCCUCUGACCGUCACCCCCACUGUCUCUCUGAUCGGCUUGUCCGUGUUCCAAACUGCUGGAGACCGUGCAGGCAGCCACUGGGGCCUCUCGCUGCUAUGCAUAUUCUUUAUUGUGCUUUUUGCUCAGUAUCUCAGGAAUUGGGCCGUACCCUUUCCCUUCUAUUCCAGACACAAAGGUUGUCACACCUCCCGUUUCCAGAUCUUCAAGAUGUUUCCGAUUAUCAUGGCUAUCAUGCUGGUGUGGUUGGUGUGUUAUAUACUCACAUUGACGGAUGUGCUCCCCAAUGACCCAGAGAAGUAUGGGUACAAGGCUCGAACUGAUGCCAGGGGGGAGAUCAUGUCCCAAGCACCAUGGUUUCGUAUGCCCUAUCCUUGUCAAUGGGGCUUACCCACAGUGACAGUAGCUGGCGUGCUGGGAAUGUUCAGUGCCACUUUAGCUGGCAUAGUGGAGUCUAUCGGAGAUUACUAUGCAUGUGCCCGUCUUGCUGGAGCUCCCCCGCCUCCUGUUCAUGCCAUCAACAGAGGGAUCUUCACAGAGGGCGUGUGCUGCAUCAUAGCAGGCUUACUAGGAACAGGAAAUGGCUCCACUUCCUCCAGCCCUAAUAUCGGGGUGCUUGGGAUCACCAAGGUGGGCAGUAGGCGAGUGGUGCAGUAUGGGGCGAUCAUAAUGUUACUAUUGGGAACCAUUGGGAAGUUCACAGCCUUGUUCGCAUCGCUGCCGGAUCCAGUGCUUGGAGGCAUGUUCUGCACCUUGUUUGGUAUGAUCACAGCUGUGGGUUUGUCCAACCUGCAGAGCGUGGAUCUAAACUCCUCACGGAACCUAUUUGUCCUGGGGUUCUCCAUGUUCUCUGGCCUUAUGCUCCCUAAUUACCUGGACACUCAUCCAGGCAGCAUCAAGACAGGUGAACCAGUGCUGGAUCAAAUCCUUACAGUGCUUCUGACCACAGAGAUGUUUGUUGGAGGAUUCUUAGCGUUUCUGCUGGACAACACAAUUCCAGGCACAAAAAAAGAGCGCGGUCUCACAGACUGGAAGGCUGAGAACUCCUCAGGAAAAGGCGGUGUCAGUUCAGACACAUAUAAUUUCCCAGUUGGCAUGGGGAUGGUAAAGCGGCUUGGUUGUCUUCGCUACCUGCCCAUCUGCCCCACUUUUCAGGGCUUUAAGUUGCGUCGGCGCAAAAGAAACUUGUGUGAGGAACUGAACAAUAAGAAUGAUGAAAGUGCAGUACAGAACGCCGCAGAGAUUGAAAACUGCACCAAAGUGUAAGCUUGUUUUCUCCUGUGUCAUUGUAACAUACAUUUAUUACAC